UUUUUUCAUGGUAAAUAUUUAAGUAUAACCCAGAGUAACACGUAUAGCAUUUGUUUUUAAUAUCUACAAAGCUAAACAUGAACUUGCUGCUAAGGAGUCCAUAUUAUAUCACUUUAUUUGUCUGCUUUAUGUAUUUGUUGCAAACAAGUUGGGCAAUAAUAAGUCCACAUUGUACAGAUAAAUUUUCUGAAUGUAAAAAGUUGGUUAACUUGUGCAACGAUAAUGGAACGGCUGGAAAUAAUAUGAAACUAUAUUGCACGGCAACGUGCAAUUUCUGUCCAUUAGAUAAAUGUUUUGAAAAUAAUGGCGGAUGGCGAACAACAAUGUCAUGGGAUGAGAAGAUUAACUACUGCACUGCAAUGUCGGAUUCAAACUCAAUGCUGACAACAGGACCUGCCAGCGGUACCUGUGGCUACGAUAGCACAAUGGCGUCUUCAAAUCCAGGAACUCAUUGGAAGAACAUGCGAAUCUAUGGGGGAUUGAGAAGCCGAAAGGGAAGAUGGCCCUGGAUGGUGCAAUUAAUCUCAACUCCUGAAAAUCUAGAACCGGGUAUAUGCGGAGGAUCUUUACUUAGCAAGAAGUGGGUUGUUACUGCGGCGCAUUGCUUUCGGAACAAAUAUUCGUAUCCUAUAAACACGUGGACAGCAAUACUUGGUACAAGUCAAAACUUUCUGAAUAUGAGAUUGCUAUCCGACGGGUUAGAAAUAAGAAUGCUGGAAGAGGUUAUUAUACACCCAGAGCACAACCUUUUUUAUCAUCACGACAUUGCCUUGGUCAAGUUGGAAUCCCAAGUCAACUAUAGUGAUGUCAUAAAACCGAUUUGCUUACCGUGCUUAGAGACUCCACAAGAGGGAGACAUGUGUUGGACUGUAGGAUACGGGAAAACAGAUGACGACAAAGAUUCGGGAGCAUUACGCGAAGUAGAUGUACCAAUAGCUUCGAUGAAAAGUUGUUCCAAGGUAUAUGCAGAUAGUGGAAGAAUAUUGCAGCAAGAUCACAUGAUCUGUGCCGGACAUAAAGAAGGGGAAAAGGAUGCGUGCAACGGCGACUCCGGAGGACCUUUAAUGUGCCAACGAAGAGACUCUUGUCAAUGGUACCAAGCUGGUAUAGUUUCGUUUGGCAAAGGUGGUUGCGGACUGAAAGGGGUGUACGGAGUCUACACCAGCAUGAAAGCACACCAGAGGUGGAUAAGACGGCACAUAGGGGAGGAAGCAACGAAUGACAUCUGCCCCGAAAAAGCUUGUCAAAAUCUCUCUGACAACGAUACUAAAUGUUCAUCAAUGAUGGAGCGAUGCACAAAAUUUCCCGAUUAUAUGAAAACCAAUUGUGCAGCGACCUGUUGCAGACUGAAAUAUGGCACAAGACCGAGUCAAUGUCAAGACGAACCAACGUUCCAAUCCACUUGCAGAAAGAAUAUUAAACAUUGUUCAAGUUCUAUUUUUUCAAGUUUUAUGAAGAAACAUUGUAAAAGAACAUGCGGAAUUUGUUAGUUUAGUAUAUUUU